CUGAAGCGGUGUUGACUGUGUGAGUAGCUAACUGGCGCUUCAUCACUAUAUUACAUGAUAUUACCUCUGUAAGAAAUACAAGUAACACUUCCUUCUAGCUUUAUAUGUGAACUACCAACUCAUAUUGGCGGCUUAAGUGGUCAAAAUGGCAGAGCUAACUACACUAGAGAGCCUGCUGGAAAUGGGCUUUGAACGAAACAGAGCAGAGAAGGCGGUAGGCAACACUGGGAACCAGGGAAUAGAACAAGCCAUGGACUGGUUAAUGGAACAUGAGAAUGACCCAGAUAUUGAUGAGCCUUAUGUGCCACCUGUGGGUAACGUUCUUGGAGGAGAAGCAGAUAGUCAGUCCAGCACAGAACAGCCAACACUAGCAGACACAGCUGAAGGGUUAGAGGGUGAAGAUGGCAACUAUUGUUUGGAUGAUAACGGUGCAAAGCGGCCAAUGACAGAGGAGGAGAAACGUGAACAGGUUAAGAGGCUAGAGGAACUCAUGCGAGUAAAGCAGGCGGAGAGAAGAGAGCGGGAACGGGCAGAAGAGGUGGAGAGGGAGAAACUGCGGCGAAGGCAGGGCCAAGAGCUGCAGCAGAUCCGCCAAAAACUUCAGGAUGAUGACAUGAAGAAGCUGGCUGAUCAGCGCAGGAAAGAGAAGAUGGAGGACAAAAUGGCGAGGCAAAGGGUCAAGGAGAAAAUAGCACGGGACAGAGAGGAGAGAGCACAGAAGUUUGGAGGCGGAGGAUCCAUGGCUACAUCGACCCAACCAGCUGAGACCAGUCAGGGCCCUCCACCCACUAAGAAGGAGUAUGAUGAGUCUAGGAUACAGGUUCGUCUGCUGGACGGCUCAACCAUCACAACAGUCUUCAAGGCUCAGGAGCCCCUGGCGGCCGUACGCGUGUACGUGCAGAUGAAUGGUAACACACCUGAGGGUCAGGACUUCACGCUGCUGUCACCCUACCCCCGCCACGUCUACACUGAACUGGACAUGGAGAAGCCCCUUAAAGAGCUGGGUUUGGUGCCUUCAGCUGUGCUGGUUGUUACCAAAAAGUGAGAUCAGACGGGAUCUGCUCUGUGAGCCUACCUCACCACCUUCACUACAUUGACACCUGAAAAAGACUGAUCCAGGAACAGAGCCUCCACCUUUUCAUAUCACCCAAUAAGCCAGCUGCCUGCAUAAAACAGAUGUAGCUUGAGGCUGCAUUCAGAUGAUGUGUUGUAGCUCAUAAAGUUAAGAUACGGAUAAGUUUCAUCAUCCUGGGCUGACUUUACUGGCUAUGGUUCGAUGUGUGCAUUAUCAAUCAUGAUGACUUUUACCAACCAAGACCAAUGUGUAGAUAACUGGCUUCUGACCGAUACUGCUCUCGGGAGCGCCGCUCAUUGGUUCAACAAUAUAUUUAAAAGAUGAUACAAAACAAAAUGUUUGAAUUUUAACCUUAACCCCACAUAGUGAAGUACAACACAAAACAACACCCACUGAACUGGUUCUAAAAGGGCCUUAAAAUAAUCCUUAAAAUCUUCCUGACUUUGUGACAUUUUACUUUUUUUACAAGUUAAAAUACUGUAUUUGGUCAGUUAUGUCUACACAUCAAAACAGUCUACUUACAAUAAAGUUGGUUUGAGAAAUUGUAA